CUCUCUCUCUCUCUCUCUCUCUCUCUCUCUCUCUCUUCAAGCUUAUUAGCCACUCCCUGGAAUUCACUCUAGUCAACGUACUCAGAGUUCCCAACAUCUCAAAGCUUCUUUCUCGAUGGAGGAUCCGGUGGCGAGGAUGAUCUCGGAGAAGCCGGUGGUGAUCUUCAGCAAGAGCUCGUGCUGCAUGUGCCACACCAUCAAGACGCUCCUCUGCGACUUCGGGGCGAACCUGACGGUCCAUGAGCUAGACGAGAUCCCGAGAGGCAGGGAGCUCGAGCAGGCCCUCAUGAGACGCGGGUGCAGCCCAGCGGUCCCUGCCGUGUUCAUUGGUGGCCAGCUUGUCGGAGGAACCAAUGAGGUGAUGAGCCUCCAUCUCAAUAGGUCCUUGAUCCCCAUGCUCAAACGCGCCGGAGCAAUAUGGGUUUAAAGGAUUUCAUCAACAGCCUCAUCCGGCCAAAUUAGAAAGAAGAAUAAAUAAAUGAAUGUGUCUUUUUGGUACGCAUGAGUUUUGGAAAUCCAGGUAUGUUAGUCGGAUGUGUUGUCAUAUGUAUGAAGAGAGCUUAUCAUAGUUCAUGUUAUACAAAAUCCUAACUUUUAUGGGGUUUGUAUCAUUUUGUGGGGACCCCUGGUGUUUUUGAACUGAGUAAUAAAAAUGACGCAGUUUUGCUAUA